AUGGAGAUGAAGAAGAAGAACUUGUGCCGUUACCGUCUGGGCCCAUUAUCACUUGGCGCUUGUGAGGGCCACGUCUUAGCCGACCAAAACUUCGUACUCGUCCUCUUCCACACUCGUAAAUUGGAUCCUCCAUCUCGAUAUGGGUCGUCGGCGGGUUUAGGGGUUGCGGCCUGGCGGAGAUUUGGGUUGAUGAGAUAUUCCAACUUGUCGGGGCCAUUCAUGAACCAUGGUUACCAGAAGAAGAAGAAGAAAAAGAGGAGGAGGAGGAGAAGAAGAGAAAUUGAAGAAGAAGAAAAAGAAUUAAAGAAGAAAUAA